AUGGUGCAGCUGCGGCUGGCGAGCUGCGGAGGAGACCCUCCCGAGUGGCUGCUGCUGGAGCUGCAGGGCGAGCUGGAGUCCCGCGAUGGUGCCGGCCUGGCAGGGCGCCUGCUGGGGGACCUCCACUUCACCCGCCAGGGCACCCCCGUGCUGCUGGUGGGCCACCACAUCCUCUACGGGAAGGUGGUGUGUCUGGAGAAGCCCUUGGCCGUCCUGGCCAAGGCAGGAGGCGCUGCGGGCGAGGAGCCCCCCCCUGCUCCCGGCCACUAUGUUGCCAAGGCCCUCGUCAAGAAGAAGCUGCUUUUCAAGACCCGCCCAAAGCCCAUCAUCACCAACCUGCCCAAGAAGGCCUGA